AAAUAAAACAAAAAAGGCAAUAAUUCGGACAAAAAUCUUACAGGAACCAGAAAAAUGAAGUUUUUGAUCCUCUUUAUUGUGACUCUUUGUGUGGAUUUCUGUUCCCCCAGAAUAUGCUGCUCCGCAGCAGGACAAUGUCGGAUAUGCAGAUUUCCUACGGUAAAUUUUAAACGUUCAUUUCCUGUGUUAUGGAAUAGGAGACAUAAUUCUAAAGUUUCAAGAAGCUGCGGGACAGUUCAAGAAUGUAUACGUAAGGAUAUUAUAGCAAGAAAUUUGAUAAAACAUCAGAUGCUUCGCUUACACCUCCAAAAGUUAGGACUCCAAAGGGAAGAGAAUCUACAAACCAGAAGAACGUUAGUGAAACCAAAACCAGUCACACAGGAGCCGUUUGUUAUAACUAAACUAGCAGGAGCAACCCCUCAUCAAAUGCCACAAGGAAAAUGAACUGAUACCUAGUGUGCCUGUUUUGUGAUGAUAUAAUAAAUACGUAGUGGUAUAGGA